CCCCCCCCGCCAGCUGCGGGGCCUCCCUAGUGUGAGCGCGGAGCAGCCCCGCGGCUGAGCGAGGCCGGCCAGAUGGACUACAAGACUCUGUGCUUCAGCCUGUUCGACUACAAGACGGAAAAGUAUGUGAUCGUUAAGAACAAGAAGGUUGGACUGCUCUACCGGUUGAUACAGCUAGCCAUCUUGGUGUACCUGCUGGGGUGGGUGUUCCUAGUGAAGAAAGGCUACCAGGAAGUGAACACAUCAAUCCAGAGCUCCGUCAUCACCAAGGUCAAAGGCGUGGCCUUCACCAAUACUUCAGAGCUAAAGGAGCGUCUCUGGGAUGUGGCCGACUACGUCAUUCCCUCCCAGGGAGAAAAUGUUUUCUUUGUUGUCACCAACCUGAUUGUGACCCCAAAUCAGCGGCAGUCCCAUUGUGCUGAGAGCUCCCGCGUCCCUGGCGCCGUGUGCUCCCAGGACAGUGACUGCCCCAAAGGAGAAGCUGUCAUUACUGGGAACGGAGUAAAGACUGGCACCUGUCUGAUGGGGGCUGGCAAUAGCAGUGGCACCUGUGAGAUCUUUGCCUGGUGCCCGGUGGAGAAGGUGUCUAAGCCCACGAAGCCACUUUUGGGAAAGGCUGAAGACUUUACCGUCUACAUAAAGAAUACCAUCUGCUUCCCCAGGUUCAACUUUUCCAAGUCCAAUGUGUUGCAGACCAAAGACAGAAGCUUUCUGAAAUUCUGCCGCUUUAGUCCUGACAACCAUUACUGCCCUAUCUUCCGGCUGGGCACUCUGGUCAGCUAUACUGGGAAUGACUUCCAGGAAAUGGCCUUGGAGGGCGGGGUGAUAGGGAUUCACAUUGAAUGGGACUGCGAUCUGGACAGAGGUCCCUCAGCCUGCGAGCCUCAGUAUUCCUUCAGGCGUCUGGACAACAGGUUUGCAGAGAAGUCUGUCUCCUCAGGAUACAACUUCAGAUUUGCUAAGUAUUACCAAGAUGCCAAUGGGGUGGAGUUCCGCACACUGAUGAAGGUCUAUGGGAUCCGCUUUGAUGUAUUGGUGAAUGGCAAGGCCGGGAAGUUCAACAUCAUCCCUAUGGUCAUCAACGUGGGCACGAGCAUGGCUCUCAUGGGUGCCGGGGCCUUCUUCUGUGACUUAGUGCUCAUCUACCUGAUCAAAAAAAGCCACUUCUAUCGAGAAAAGAAAUUUGAACAAGUGAGGUUAAGCUCACAAAAACUCCUGUCUAAGUACCUGGCAAAUGGGAAACAGGAUACAGGCCUCUCAGCUGGAGAGGAGCCCCUGGGGCAAGUCCAGACGGUGGAGAAGUAGCUGGAGCCUCCCUCCUGAGAGUGGCUUGGGCAGCGCCCCUGCCACAAAGGAGCACGGGAAGGGAGCUGGCGCCUGGGGCACACACGGAGGGGGUCUACUGCUCCAAACCGGUCCCGCUCUCCAGAACCUUUUCGCGGACCUGACGGUUGCAGCUUUCUGUCAGCAGCCAGUGUCUGCCUUCUGGAGGGGUCAGCCACCCUGGACAAACAACAGUUGUUUUAGAAAUCAUUGGAGAAGGUGGGGAAGAGGCCAGCUCACCGAGGGGGCCACCCCAUCUCCUUCUUCUUGGCUGUUGCCAAGCAGGGCUAAGGGAACCCACAACAUGCUGGGAGCAGUGCCUGGGCCCCCGGGGGCUGCAGGAGCACCCUCCAUACCUCCCCUGCCCACUCUGAAGAGGGAACGGAGUCAGGGUGACCCAGGGGGCUCUCAGCUGGGGCAGAGCCAGCCCGGGGGUAGACAUGUCCUGCUGACGCGUGGUUCUGUGUAGCUUGGGCCCCUGUCUGUCAGAACCAGGAGGAGCCACCGUUCUGCCGCGCUGUUUGGGGGUGUCCCUGACAGCUGAGUGAGUUCCCAUCUUUUUGGGGGUGCCUAAGUUUGGUGGGUAGAGGCAACUUCUACAAUUUAGAACCUUCUUUCUGCUCAUGCCCUAGACCAGAAACUUAGAAUUCAGUUCUGAUGAGGAUUGAGGAUUGAGUAAGUGCUCAGCAAACGUUAUUACCCAGGCUCCUGGGGCCAGCGAGGGAAGUCCCAUCCUCUCACCAGGCCUCUGGAGCGAGCCCCCCGCCAGGCCCAAGCAGCACACGAGGCUGGGCAGGCAGGGGGGGGCCCCACUCUUCAGUCAGCCAGUCUCACCCUAAGGCAGCCCUUGUCUCAAGGAGCACAAGGGGACCCUCCUCCAAGUCCUUAGAGGCGAGAGGUGCCUGGGGGUGAGGGCAGAGCAUUUCUAAACAGGGGUCUGUCUGCUCAAAAGCAUCUUGGAGGAGCAUCUCUGGAGCCUGCAGAGCAGACACACACAGCCCCACUUCUUCUGACAUCUGGGGCUCGUGCCAGCUGUUCAUGGCAAUGCUAACUUUUGUACAAUCAGUGCGUAAUAAAAUGCCUUGUAACCCAUGAGAAAUGGGAGCAAA